GAUUAUUAAAAGAGUUAAUAUGAAAGUGAAGAGAGUCAGAGAAAUGUGGUCAAAAAAACCAGAAGAUAGAUGCCUUUGAGAAGAAAGGCGGAUUAGGUUGGGAAACUGCUAAAUUACUCCGGACCCCUUCCUGAAGAAAGCUGCGGUUCACCGGCUCUGAAUUCUUCUACUAACCUAUUGCACUUCUGCACAAUGUGAUACGGGCUGGCUUGCGUGUUGCUAAAGGGCAUCUCAUUUCUGGGUUUCCACAGAAGCCAGUACAUGUAGGCUAUGAAUGUCAAAAAGGAUACGGAUUUCUUCGUCUGACAGCUCUCAUAUGCUUGAACUCGAUCUGAGUGCUUCCUAUCUUUCAGUUCAAGACUUCUAGUAAUAAGAAGAAGCUCGGAAUAGUACCAGCAAUGGCGAUGCUCAAACCCAUCUCUUUCACCAUCAGUUCCAAGAGAACCGGAAGGAGGAACCCUGACGACCCAUCUCAAGGUGGACUUUUCAAACUAGUCUGCAAUUCGUAUUCUUGCAAUAAGUCCAAUUUACCUUCUUCUGAAGCUUCAGUUGGAGCUCUAAGACUGGUACAUGAAUUCAACCCGAAGAUUCCCCUAGAAGAAGCUGUUACUCCUCCUAGUUCGUGGUAUACGGAUCCCUCGUUCCUUGAAUUGGAACUUGAUCGUGUAUUUUAUCGAGGUUGGCAGGCUGUAGGAGUCACUGAACAAAUUAAAAAUCCACAUGACUUUUUUACUGGAAGAUUAGGAAGUAUUGAAUUUGUGAUCUGUCGAGAUGGUAAUGGGAAACUUCAUGCUUUUCACAAUGUCUGUCGGCAUCAUGCAUCUCUUCUUGUGUCUGGCAGUGGGCAAAGAUCAUGCUUUGUGUGCCCUUAUCAUGGAUGGACCUAUGCUUUAAAUGGAGUACUUUUGAAGGCUACAAGAAUAUCAGGAUUAAAGAACUUUGCCAUAAAUGAGUUUGGGCUUAUUCCAUUGAAAGUAACAACGUGGGGGCCUUUUGUGCUUAUCAAUCUGGACAAGGAGAUACAACCUCAACAGGAAGCUGACAGCAAGAUGGUGGAAAAUGAAUGGCUUGGUAGCUGUUCAGACAUAUUGAGUACCAAUGGAGUUGAUUCUUCACUAAGUUAUGUCUGUAGGCGUGAAUAUAUCAUUGAAUGUAACUGGAAGGUAUUCUGUGACAACUACUUAGAUGGUGGUUAUCAUGUGCCAUAUGCACACAAGGAUCUUGCAUCUGGUCUUAAGCUCGAGUCCUAUUCUACCACAAUACUUGAGAAGGCUAGCAUCCAACAAUGUGAAAGUUGUGUAGAAGGAGGAGAUGAUUUUGACCGGCUUGGAUCAAAAGCCCUAUAUGCUUUCAUUUACCCAAAUUUCAUGAUCAACAGGUAUGGCCCUUGGAUGGAUACAAACCUAGUACUUCCAUUGGGAUAUCGUAAAUGUCAAGUGAUAUUUGAUUAUUUCCUUGAAUCUUCUCUGAAGGACGAUGAAGCUUUCAUUGAGAGAAGUCUUGAAGAAAGUGAAAGAGUGCAGAUGGAAGAUAUUGCUUUGUGUGAAGGUGUUCAGAAGGGCCUUGAAUCACCAGCAUAUUACAGAGGCAGGUAUGCUCCUACUGUUGAGAAGGCUAUGCACCAUUUUCAUCGUCUGUUGUAUGAGAACCUUACUAAAUGAGCGAUUUCUAUAUAUUAAUUAUAAUCAUUUAGCUAGACCAGUUGUCUAUGGACUCCAUAUGUUUUUCCUGUUUGAUUCUUUUUUUUUUUUUUCUUUUUUGUUGAAAUGAAAAAGUAUAGAUAGUAUUGUAUUGCUUAAAAGGAGGGAGAGCUUCCCUCAAAAGAUACAAGAUCUGAUCGUGUAUGGGACUAUACAGCUUAUACAAAUUACAAAAGGUAUACAAAAUGUG